CCCUAUUUCUCUCUCUCUCAACCAGCACCCGGCCUUCAGCAGCCGCAGACAUGCAAUUGAACGAAGGAGAAGAAAGACCCCAAACCAAGAAAAAAGAGUGGUAUAUGCUUCCUAUCCGAAUAAUAAUCUACUGAUUGAUUGAUUGAUUUUAAUCCAACACCACCAGCAAUUUUAUAGCAGUUUGGCAAUUAAGAAGAAGGAGGAGGAGGAGAAGAAGAAGAAGAAGAAGGAGAAGAGAUGAGUAAAAUGAAAGCUUCGAGCUCGGAAUUGGAUUUGGAUCGACCAAAUAUCGAGGACUAUCUGCCCUCUGGAUCCAUCCAGGAACCUCACGGCAAACUUCGCCUGCGUGAUUUGCUCGACAUUUCCCCUACCCUCACUGAGGCGGCUGGUGCCAUUGUUGAUGACUCCUUCACACGAUGUUUCAAGUCGAUUCCUUCAGAACCAUGGAACUGGAAUAUAUAUCUCUUUCCUUUGUGGGUUAUCGUGUUGACAGUAGGAUGGAUAAUAUUUCUCUCAUGCUAUAUUCCAGUGCAUUUGCUAUUGAAAGGGCAUGACAAGUUGAGAAAAAAAUUGGAGAGGUGUCUUGUGGAGUUGAUUUGCAGUUUCUUUGUGGCAUCAUGGACUGGGGUUGUCAAAUAUCAUGGUCCACGUCCUAGCAUCCGGCCUAAGCAAGUAUUUGUAGCAAAUCAUACAUCAAUGAUUGAUUUCAUUAUUCUGGAACAGAUGACUGCAUUUGCUGUAAUUAUGCAGAAGCAUCCAGGGUGGGUUGGGUUAUUGCAAAGCACUAUUUUAGAAAGUGUUGGAUGCAUCUGGUUCAACCGUUCAGAGGCUAAGGACCGUGAAAUCGUAGCGAGAAAGCUAAGAGAGCAUGUUGAGGGGCCAGACAACAAUCCUCUUCUUAUAUUUCCUGAAGGAACAUGUGUAAAUAAUCAUUACACAGUUAUGUUCAAGAAGGGUGCUUUUGAACUUGGUUGCACUGUUUGCCCAAUCGCAAUUAAGUACAACAAAAUAUUUGUCGACGCCUUUUGGAAUAGUAGAAAGCAAUCCUUCACAAUGCAUCUGUUGCAGCUUAUGACAUCAUGGGCUGUUGUUUGUGAUGUGUGGUACCUGGAGCCCCAAAAUCUGAAACCUGGAGAAACACCAAUUGAAUUUGCAGAAAGGGUGAGGGACAUUAUUUCUGUUCGAGCGGGCCUUAAAAAGGUCCCAUGGGAUGGAUACUUGAAAUAUUCUCGUCCUAGCCCUAAGCAUCGUGAGCGAAAGCAACAGAGCUUUGCAGAAUCAGUUUUGCGCCGCCUUGAGGAGAGAUAGGAAUAUGAUCCGACACGGUUUUUUUUUGGGCAUGCGCAAUUAGACUGGCAGGAAUCAGAGGUCAAAUGUUGAUAUGAAGUUCAUUUUAAUUUUUGUAUUUAAUUGGAAUUAUUUAUUUGGAUGACGUGCAUUAAGCAAAGUGCUGUGACUUCUGGCUUCUGAUGCAUGUUUAUGAUUUAGUUGAAUCCAUACAGUUUGGGGCUGGAAGGGAGAAGAUUGGUUUUGCCUGACACAUGUAGUUGCUUGUUAUAAAGGAUAAAUUUUGUACGUUGAUAUUGCACGGCGGAGGUAGUGGUCAGGCAGGCGCAUGAAUGUUUUGGUUAUAAAGGCGGUCGUUUUUCUAUUAACAUUAUUGUC